UUCCUCCCAAGUGCAUAUUAAAGCCGGCAGUCGCGAGUGCUCCUCAGUUCCAUUGACGACCUUCGAUUCGCACGAACAUCAUCUCUCUGUCUUCAGCACCCAAUAUCUUCAGAGACCACUAUGAUUAAGGUAAGUCGCCUUAAGUGGAUGAGUCAUGUAUCGUCUGGACUUCUCGGAGGAUGCAAGAUAGCCAUCAUCUUGCUGUGCAUCGUCGGCAGCCUCAGAGCGCACUCCAUCAGUUUAGAUCAGAAGUUGUGCGGUGCUGAACUACCCGCAGCUGUUCACCUCCUUUGCAGAGGCGAAUUCGACACCAAUGCAGUGUUCACCGAGGCCAGAAUCGCCAAGGAACUUUCUGCCAAAUGCUGUUCAUCUCCCUGCAACACGGAAACUCUCUUGUCUUUCUGCCACCACCUCGCUCAAGAAAACUGAUGUUUUUCUCAUAAAAUCCAAACCACACCAGUGCAACUUUCUCUUUGUUUGAAACCUUUGUUUGCACUUGGCCAUUUCAGUAAGAUAUCUUCAGUGUAGUAAGUAGAUGCUGUUCUGUAGGAAUCACACUUCUUUGGUGUGUUCGCUUGACGUGAUUGUGUUCAAAGCGCUUGUAGUAGGCAGGUGUCGUUCGUGUUUCUUUAUUGUGCCAUAUCUGAUUUUGAAUUCGAGGAGUUUGGAAUACAUCGUCUGUAUGAACAUAAACUGUUUAUUUUUAGUUGUUAGUUAGUAGCAUGUGCUUAUUGUAUGUUUUCGGAGCAUUGAUGCUAUUAUUUUGUCUUGUGUUAGUAGAUAGAUUCUUUAUGUAACAAUUAAUAAAAAAAUAUUUUUAUUAGUUUUAUUCUACUAUUACAAUUUUCUCAUUUUUAUUGGAUUGGAUGAUUUUUGAUAUUUUUUAAAGUAAAAUCGGACGAAUUUUACCAUGUGUAUUUUUAUAUUUUAAAUAAAAUAAAUUUAAUAUAAUUUUUUA